AUGAACUCAAAGUCUGAUUUCUCCUCUUUUGUCCGCCUCAAUGUUGGAGGAAAGAAACUUUGCACUCACAUCUCUACUUUGACUAAGCGCGACCCUAAUUCUAAGCUUGCUGCAAUGUUUAGUACCGGGGAUCAUUCCCUGUGUAUAGAUGAAAAGGGAUAUGUCUAUAUCGACAGAGAUGGUAAAUCAUUUACAUACAUUCUCAAUUGGUUGAGAGAUGGUAGUGUUCCUACAUUAGAAGAUUCUAAGUAUUCGCAACUUCUAAAGGAGGCAGAGUACUUUCAGCUUGAAGAACUUGUAAGUUGUAUACAUCUCUUGCAGAUGAAUAAGAAAGAAAAAGAGCUGGGUACAGAAUUAACACGUCGUGAUAUCAUCAAGUAUAUACUCGAUAAGGAGCAUUAUUCACCUGAGCCGAAGUUUAGAGGUGUAAAUCUUUCUGGCAUUGAUCUUUCUGGAUUGGAGUUGACUGGAAUAAACUUUAGCUAUGCAUGCAUGAAAAAUACGUGCUUUGCAAAAGCAAAUCUUUCAAACUCAAAUUUUGACCAUAUCGAUGCUGAAGGUGCCGACUUUGACAAUUCACAUAUUGCAGAUUCUUCGUUUGAAACGGCAAAUCUCAAAGGAGCUAACUUUAGUUAUGCGAACUUGGGAAGGGCUUUCUUUCGUAUGGCAAAUCUUCAAGGAUCUACAUUUUACAAGGCAAAGUUGGGAAGUUCUAUUCUUGAUGGGACAAAUCUUCAAGGAGCCAACUUCAACUAUGCGAAUUUGGGAAGCUCUCAGUUUAGAGAAGCUGAUCUUGAAGGAGCUUCUGCAGUGGGUAUUGAAUAUGAUGAGGGCACGAUACCUUUUUCGGGCUAUGUAUCACCAUAUAUUCACUAA